GAUUACUGCCGUUGCUAUGGUUGCUAAUCGUGUACGUGCUGAAAAGCAGCCAGUCGCUACAUAUGACAGUAACGGUAACAAACGGAUGUAUACAUAAUUCAGAAAAGUUAUACAAGUUGAAUUUAUUUUGUACGGUUUUGUGAGCAUCUACGGACUUACUUUCAAUUUCGGUAGAUAAUAUUCAGCAAGAAUUAAAUCAGUAAAGAUUUGCAUUUGCUUCGAAGUAAAGUUCGUUAACAAAAUGUCUCUAGAAUUUUGUAAUUUAACAAAGAAUGAAACUGCGAGAAAAGCGAUGGACAGCUAUAUUGAUUGCCUGAAGAUGGCAUUCAAACAAUACCGAGACUUCGCAAUCUCUAACGAAAAUUGUUAGAAUUAAGUAAACAAUUUUAAAAGAGAGAGAGACAGAGAGAGAGAAUCGCAAUUUCAUCUAUAAUCGAUUAUAGGAAUAAAAUCACAACGAAAAAAAUUUUAAUUUUCGAUCAACUAUUUGCGCCUUUAAUGGAAUUUUCUGAAAUUAAUCGCUAGGAAAUAUGCGAAUUCAGUAUACAUUCACUAUAAGCACGUUCAACGGAAAAAGCGCUCAAUUUAUGGGAAGAUUAUAUAGAGUUGCAAGAGAAAUAUGAACAAUAUAAGAAGUCUUCUUUGUCUCAAAUGCCGACUGUUGAGCCUUGUAUAAAGAUAAAGAACGAGUUAAAAGUUGAAAGCCAGUUAAAUAGUUUUAUUGAGGAGGAAGAAGAACAAAGAAAGAGGAGGAAACCCAUUAUUGAGGAGAAAGAAGAAAGAAGGAAGGAGAAAAAAGAAGGUGAUCACAAUUCAUUAUUAAAUUCAUCAAAUAUGUUCAAUUCCGAUGAUAUGUUUGAUAUUGAGAAUGAUCUACCUGAUGAUAUAUGCGAUCUAAGUGAAGUCUGCUCAAGCAGUCCGCUCAUUUCCAAGACACAUUCUAAAACUAAUAACUCUGUUGCAAAGAUAUUCAAUCAAUUAUCUGAAGCAGCAUCAGUGUGUAGCAAAUCAACAGCAGAUACGAAGAUGUUCCACAAUGAAAAAGCUCCUUCCAAAAAUAAAGGGAAAUUAGAUAUUAGUACAACAUAUCAUGUGGAAACUACAUUUUUACCAAAUGGCAAGAAGCUGAAGCAAUCUCAAAUUACGUUUUAUCCUGUCAAACAUGACAAAGAGAUACCAUUCCAACAUACUAUUGAUGUAAAUAAACUUAAGCCAGCUGGUACAAUGCAAAAAGCAAAACAAAAUCUUUCAGAUACUUCAAAUAUAAAAGAAUUCAUUAAAGAAGACAUCAAAGAUAUCAAAGAAAUCAAAGAUAUCAAAGAAAUCAAAGGUAUCGAAGAAAUCAAAGGUAUCAAAGAAAUCAAAGAUACCAAAGAUAUCAAAGAAAUUAUUAUUAUUGAAGAUAAUGCUACAGGAGUAAAAGAAACUUUUGAAGAUGUAACAGAAAUUGGUCCUACACAGAUUGAUAUUCACUUUAAAUCUAAACAUUGCUUAAAACUUAAGAGGAAAGCUCCAGAACAAACAAUAAAAAAUUUUCCAGAUAAAAAGAAGCAUCACAGUCUUAAAUCUUAUUUUGUACCAAGGGCAGCAACAGAUGAUAUAGAUUUUGAUUUAUCUUCUUCACCUACAUUUACUUCAGCACAAAUGACACAUAAUAAAUCUUUAGUUGAAGAGUCUAAAAUGGUUGAUAGAAUUAAUGGACUUUUUAUGUUUCAUGCACUUAAAAAUAAAAUUGAUAUCAAUAAUAUUUCUUUUCUACCACAUAAGUCCAGUAAAGCAGAUAUUAAAAGUACAAAGUCUAUUGACAAUCAAGGAGAAGACCAAACAGCAAAAUAUAAUGUACAGAAUAUUUUUCAAAACUCAAAUGAUGAAGAGGAAACCUUUUAUCUGCCUGCAGAACAAACUGUAAGUGAAAAUGACACAGAUGACUUCACUCUGAAUGAUACAGAGAACAAACCGCCUGUAAAAAAAACAUUGAAUAAAACUCAUGUAUCAUCAACUAAAAAGGAAUGUAUGCCAGAGCAACUUAACAUGCGACGCAAAGCUGAUAAAGCAAAAUUGAACGGUUGGGACUGCUGGGAAUGUGAAGAGUACUACAAAAAUCUAUCAUUGUCAAAAGAAGAAUUGCAAAAACGGAAGAAUCAAUGCUCGCGUCAUCGACAGAAAUUUGAGAAACCAAAAACACCGGAAGGUUUCUGGGAUCCGGAAUUUCCUGAAACACUGUCUAGCACUUGGCACAAUAUAGAAUGACAUAUAAUUUAAAUAAUCGAUAAUAAUUUGAAUAAUUUUAAUAAAGGCGUAUUUCAAGCAUCUUUAAUGAAUACUCUAUUCAAUGAAUACUUUAAUUUUUUAAAUACUUCGAUUUUGUAAUACAAUAUAUUUAGCAAAAAUGUUAACUGAUUUUGAAAGUAUUAAUAAUUAUAAUGUAUAAUCGAAGGCCCGAAGAUCACGAGUAGAGAAUUAUAAUUGGCAUUUCUAAUAUGUAAUUAAAAUUAAUAAAACUACCCACACGUUUAAAAUAGGGACGUAAGACGUCUUUUAAGCACAUUCUACAAUAAACUACAUGACUAACUUAUUGUAGAAUGCGCUUUCUAGACUACAAUUCUAGACAAAAUCGUAAAACUCGUAAUUUGUUUUCAUAAGACGAUUUUUUUUUCAUAAGCUACGACUUUACGAUUUACUCAUAUAUUUGCUUACAAUUGCAGCAUUAGACGUUUUACGUUCUGAUUUGUUGUGUUGUGUGGGUAAAGAUAUUAAAUGUAAA